CAGUGCUCCCCUCUGUGCAAGAAGGUGGCAGAGUCAACGUGGUAAGGGGGCACAGGACCCUGAAUAUCCAUCAGCCACUGAAUUGCUGACAGCAAAGAUCCUGGCACUGUAAGACAUUUGUGAUUUGGGUUAUAUUUGAGUUAUUUGGCUAUAUUUAGGAAGGCAGUGACCUGCCAAGGUCAAAUACUGACUGGGUUGCAGAGAUGUUUGUGCUUUGCUACCAGCACUUGCAGUUGUAGCUAAAAGCACCCUAAACCACACAGGACAGGAUGCGAGAGAGUGGGUAGAUAGCAAAAGCGAGCUCUGGAACCCAUCCUGCUGUGCUGUGCAGCCCUAUGGCGCUGGGAGCUCUCCUCUGCUGUCACUGUGGGUGAGCAGCCCUGCUUAGCACCACCCUGCUUCUGGCAGGAUCCAGCCCUUUAUUUGCUGCGUGCACAUCUGAUAAGAGCAUUGCUUUCAGCCUGUUACUUUCAAAACAACUUUGCAUGAUGGUUUGAUCACCCCAGCCCCCUGUGCAGGCAGCCCAACUUCAUUCUCUUUGCUCUAGCAUGGAGCAAAGCCAGUCUGUGGUGGAGGUCUGUGGUUGGUAGCAGUGCCCAGAGUCCCCAGCAGCCCUUUCCAUGCCCAGAUUUGUGUUAAUGGGGGCACAGUCUGAGGUUGCUUGUGCCUGUGUUUGAAGGGUGAGCACUUACUUCACCAUGACACUGGAAAAGCUGCUCAAAUUGUGUCUUUCCAAACUGACAGCCAAGCACCAAGACCCAAAGUCCUGCUGUCCAGGAGCAUGAAGCCAUGCCCACACUGUGGUCCCAGCGCCCACAGAGAUGUCCCUUUCUCCAGGAGCAUCCAUCCUAAUCCUACCCAGGAAGUCUUCACCUCUGGGAGAUACAAGGGAAGGACAAGAACCAGCACAACCCAUCUGCCUCCUCCAGGUAUUGCAAAGUUGUCUGUCUCACAGAGGAAACAGAGUAGAAAGCCUUUCUUCUCAUUUUGAGAAACUAACGAGUUCCAAAGAGCUUCCCAGUGCCUGGCAGCCCCCACCACAAUUCAGAGAUACUGCCCACUGACUCAUGGUCCACAUUGCUCUGAAGAUGGCUGGUCACGAAACAUUCAUCCACAAUAGGAAAAAAAGCAACACAACACUGGGGAAAGCCAGGAGUGUUUCAGAGAUAUGAAAAUUGAGACUAAGAAUUGCUACCUGCUUCUGGUAGGACAGUAGGAAAAAGUAUGGAAGUGCACCAGAGAAGAAAGUCUAAGCAACCUCUUCUUUUUUUUUUUUGUUGUGGGAGAUGGUGGUGAACAAACCUACCCACUACGAAGGGUUUUUUUCCAGGAAGUGUAGGUUGCUGCAACCUGUAUCCCUUGAGCGGCGGCUGCUCACACAACAGUUCUCAUGCUACUUGCAAGCAGCUCAUUUGCAGGAGCACCAGCACCUUGCCCGGAGGAUGAAUGAAGCCUACAGCUCUGCAGCACCCCGACCCAUGGGCAGCACCUCUCCCAGCACCAUGAAAAUGUUUCUGUGCUUCCUCGCUGUGUUCAUGGUGGUACAGACCAUUGGGACCGUACUCUUCUGUUUAUAUCUUCACAUGAAGAUGGAUAAGAUGGAAGAGGUGUUGAGUUUAAAUGAAGAUUACAUCUUCCUGAGAAAAGUGCAGAAAUGUCAGACGGGAGAAGGUCAGAAGUCGACGUUACUGGACUGUGAUAAAGUUCUAAAGGGCUUCCAGGACCUCCAGUGCAAGGAUAAGACAGCCAGUGAGGAGCUGCCAAAAUUUGAAAUGCACAGAGGUGAUGAGCACCCCCACUCGAAGAGUAGGAAUGAGACAUCCGUGGCAGAGGAGAAGAGGCAGCCGAUCGCAACGCACCUGGCAGGGGUGAAGAGCAGCAGAGCAGUGUCAGUGCUGGAGUGGAAGACAACGAGCUACGCCCCAACGAGCAGCUUCAUAACCUACCAUGAGGGGAAGCUGAAGGUGGAGAAAGCAGGAACCUACUACAUCUACUCACAAGUCAGCUUCUGCACCAAGGCGGCGGCUACUGCGCCGUUCACCCUCUAUAUUUAUUUGUACCUCCCCAUGGAAGAAGACCGGCUCCUGAUGAAGGGACUCGACACGCACAGCACCUCCACGGCUCUCUGUGAGCUCCAGUCCAUCCGGGAGGGCGGUGUCUUUGAGCUGCGGCAGGGUGACAUGGUCUUUGUCAACGUGACGGACUCAACGCUAGUGAACACCAACCCUGGCAACACCUACUUUGGCAUGUUCAGGCUGUAGAGAUGAGGGGCCCAGCCCGUCUCUGUUGAGCCGAAGGGCUUUCCCUGUUUCCCGUAUUUAUGUUCCUCCGCCUCUUUGUUGUUCUUGUUUCUUAUUUUGUAUAUUUUGUUAUUUAUUGACGAGGGCCGAGGGGCCCUGAGAACAGGAAAGGAAACAAAAUUUGAAGCUGU